AUGCUAGAGACAUUGGAGAGCUUGGAACUGGUCUUGGUAAAUACUGGAUUCAAGAAGAGAGAUGAACAUCUAACAACAUACCGAAGUGGAGAUAACAGUUCCCAGAUCGACUUCCUAAUGGUGAGGAAGAGAACCCGUAAAAACGUGAGAGAUGCAAAAGUGAUUCCCGGUGAGGCAGUUGCUCACCAGCACAGACUGCUGGUCAUGGACGGGACGUUUGCUAAGAAAAGGAAAGGAGAAACAACAGGAAAGAAGCUGCAGAAGAUCAAGGUGUGGAAACUACGGGAAUGUGCAGGAGGAUACAGAAGGCACGUGGGAGAGAGACUGAAGAGAGUGAAGAGAGAGACAGCAACCGAAAUGUGGAAGACCUUAAAGGAAGCAACGGUGGAAGUGGCAGAAAAGCUGUGUGGAAAAACAAAGAACGAAGGGGAAGAGCUAACAGAAUUACCAGCAGUAGAAGGUCCGAUACAGCAAGUACGCCUGCAGGAGGUAUCAGCCGUCCUCAAGAUGAAGAACAAGUCACCAGGCACAUCGGAGGUGGUGGUAUAG